CGUCAAACCUAUUUUGACAUAACAGAAUUUUGGUAUUUUGACUCCAAUAUUAUCAAAAAUUACAUUACCGUUAAUUAAAAUAGUAAACAAAUGUUUCAAUCGUUCCACAAACAAACAACCAACAAUAACAUCUAAUAGUGAUUGUCGCGUAAAAUCAACAAAAUCAUCGAAAUUCCCUUUUGCCUACGUGUAGUUUAGAACAAAAAAUGUAUAUUGGUUGAGAAGACCACCCAGUCACCAUUAUUAUGAAUAAGAAGCCGAGAACCGGUCCCAGGAUCAGGAUCACGCGAACACGGACCCGUAAAGCCGACGAAUUCGACGAGAAAAAAUACAUCUUCCCCUGUCAAUAUUGCCGACUGAAAUUCACCACCAACCACCAUUACCUCCGCCAUAUGACUUCGAACCACGAAGUGCAGCAGAAAGCGGCCACUUUUGAGUGCAACGACUGUCAAAUAGUGUUCAACAAGAAGAGCAACUUGGACAUGCAUUGUCAAACCCAACAUCAAAUUAAAAGCAAGUUGAAGUGUGAAAGUUGUGCUGUAACUUUUAAAUCAAGGUACUGUCUCCGCCGCCAUCUCAAAUUAAAGCAGGUUCUGGCGGAAAACUCUUGUUUGAAGUGUCAGAAGAAGUUUACUAGCAAGGAUGGGCUGGCUAAGCAUGUCAAAAAUAAACAUUCGAACAAAGCUGUUAUAUUUGAGUGUCAGCUGUGUUCGCUGAAGUUUAAAGCUGAGGAGUCUCUCCGUAGUCAUCUGAACAGGAUCCAUAAGAGGUUAUGAUUAGUUUAAGGUAAUAAUGGUUUGUCUAUUGUCCAUUGUGCAGUUUCUGGAAAUUCGCUGAUUUAAUCUGAUAUGAGGACUCAGCGGGAUGGUAAGAGAGCUUUGCAGAUGAUAGUAAUACUUAAUAAGACAGUUUAAUACUGUUUAAGUUAUGUUUGAUAUUACCCAGUGGGUAUAACAAAAAUAAUUUACUUGAUUAUUGAAAAAAACACCUUUAAAUGGGCUAAUGUGAGUUACUUGUAAAUUAGUAAAAUAUGGGUCUUCCUAUUUUGAAUUUAUCACUAAUUUGUUUUGCCAUUGAAUAUUAUUUUUAAAUAAAACACUCCUAUAGCCAAGAGUGUUGGUGACUGACGAAAACCAUAUGCAGGGCAAAGAAAAAAUACACAAAGUCUGGGUGGAGAAAAAAAGGUUUUUCAACUCUCUCUCAACUGUUCUUCUUUUAAAUUAUGGCCACCAUUUAUCGGUGAUUUUGCCAAU